AUGUUAGAAAUCCAGCGAGGAUCACGGCAGGGCGAGCCGUCAUUCGAAGCGGCCAUCAAGAAAUGCGGGAAGACGAGGCAAUGGAGGGAAGCGCUUAAUCUCUUCCGUGAAGCAUCUCAACUACGUUCGAAAAUAAGCCCAGGAUGUUAUAUUGUGACUGUGAGCGCUUGUGGUAAAGAUAGGCAGUGGCAGCAGGCUUUGGCGCUGCUCAGCGAACUGUGGGAGGCGAAGCUGGAGUCCUACGCCGCCAGCUACUGCGCCGGCAUCACCGCGGGGAUCACCGCGUGCCAGAAGGGACAGCAGUGGAAGCGGGGCUUGGCGCUGCUCAGCGAGAUGUGGGAGGCAGAGCUGGAGCCCGACUAA